ACAGCGAGCAGAGUGAGAUCCGAGAGCCGAGAGGAGCGACGCCGAGCUCCAGGAGCCGCAAAACUAACAAUAACAACAACAGCAAAAAGAAUAAUAAUCCAUUAGUUAUUUCAUUUCUUUCACUUACUUUCCUCCGCGGAAGGCGACAAGUGUCCGUAGGGACCCGGAGAAGAAGAAGAAGAAGGGCAGAGGACUUUGAAGCAGCUGAGGCGUUCAGGCUCCUACUCACCUCCGACAUGGCGACAACCACCUGCACCAGGUUCACGGACGAGUACCAGCUGUACGAGGAGCUGGGGAAGGGCGCUUUCUCAGUCGUGAGGAGGUGCAUGAAGAUUUCUACGGGGCAGGAAUACGCCGCCAAAAUAAUCAAUACCAAGAAGCUCUCUACCAGGGAUCACCAGAAGCUGGAGCGAGAGGCCCGGAUCUGCCGUCUGCUCAAGCAUCCCAACAUCGUGCGUCUCCAUGAAAGCAUAUCAGAGGAAGGAUUCCACUAUCUGAUCUUUGACUUAGUUACCGGCGGUGAGUUGUUUGAAGACAUCGUUGCCAGGGAGUACUACAGCGAAGCCGAUGCCAGUCAUUGCAUUCAGCAGAUCCUAGAGGCUGUGCUCCACUGCCACCAGAUGGGAGUGGUCCACCGCGACCUUAAGCCGGAGAACUUGCUCCUCGCCAGCAAGUUGAAGGGAGCGGCAGUUAAACUGGCAGACUUUGGCCUGGCCAUCGAGGUGCAGGGAGAACAGCAGGCAUGGUUCGGUUUUGCCGGGACACCAGGGUACCUGUCUCCAGAGGUGCUGAGGAAAGAUCCCUACGGCAAGCCAGUAGACAUGUGGGCCUGUGGUGUGAUUCUCUACAUCCUCUUGGUGGGAUAUCCACCUUUCUGGGACGAGGACCAGCACAGACUCUACCAGCAGAUAAAAGCUGGCGCUUAUGAUUUCCCUUCACCCGAGUGGGACACGGUGACUCCAGAGGCCAAAGACCUGAUCAACAAAAUGCUGACCAUUAAUCCAGCCAAGAGAGUCACUGCCACAGACGCACUCAAACACCCCUGGAUCUGCCAACGCUCCACAGUGGCGUCUAUGAUGCACAGACAGGAGACUGUGGAGUGCCUGAAGAAAUUCAACGCCAGGAGGAAACUCAAGGGUGCCAUCCUGACCACCAUGCUGGCCACUCGCAACUUCUCUGCAGCCAAGAGCCUGCUGAACAAAAAGACGGACGGUGUCAAAAUCAACAACAAGGCCAAUGUGGUCACCAGCCCCAAAGAGCCUGUCCCCACUCCUUCUCUGGAGCCUCAAACCACUGUAAUCCACAACCCAACUGACGGAAACAAGGAGUCCAGCGAGAGCGCCAACACCACCAUCGAGGACGAGGACGUGAGAGCUCGGAAGCAGGAGAUCAUUAAAGUCACUGAGCAGCUGAUUGAGGCCAUCAACAACGGAGACUUUGAGGCCUACACGAAGAUUUGUGAUCCCGGCCUCACGUCCUUUGAGCCCGAGGCCCUGGGAAACUUGGUGGAGGGCACCGACUUCCACCGCUUCUACUUUGAGAACGCUCUGUCUAAGGGGAAGCAGCCGAUCCACACCAUCCUGCUCAAUCCCCACGUCCACCUGAUCGGGGACGAGGCCGCCUGCAUCGCCUACAUCCGCCUCACCCAGUACAUCGACGGCGGCGGCAUGCCUCGCACCAUGCAGUCGGAGGAGACCCGCAUCUGGCACCGCCGUGACAGCAAGUGGCAGAACAUCCACUUCCACCGCUCCGGCUCGCCCACCGUGCCCACCAAUUGAGUUGAAGAUCUGCGACGGCAGCUGACGAGAUCCCGCCUACCAAGAAUCGAUCCAAUCCCUCAGCCAAUCCCUGCCCAUAACAGCUAGAGCUCAGCCCUCUCAGUGUGUUGUUUACAUAUUGUCGCUGCUGGACUGAAGAUUAUUGUACACGUUGGGGCGGGUGGGUGCAAAUCAAGAGAGAAAUCGUUAACGAUAUCAUUUUGUCGUGAGUGCGUGGCGGUGUUCAUUUCCGGAUCUUUCCAUCCCCAACAUGUUUUAAUACGCUGAGUUUUUCUUGUUAUUAUUUUUUUAGAUCAGUACGUUUUUAAAUAGAAGUGAUUUUCAGAGGCGCCAGUUGAUUCGUUUUUAAGAGGCUGGUCGAAUAUGUGAAACUUCCAGUUGUCAAUGUAGUGAGAGUUUGUCAUUUGAAUAUUGCACAUAUUGAGGACUCAUGAGCUGUCGUGAUGUUUUCGCCUUUCGGCACAAAGACCAAUAUAUCACAUAUCUGCUUUUCACUCGUGUAUCUUUUCAGAAUUGCCAUCCGUUAUAGCUCAGACACGCUUGCUUUGUUUCGGUGGUGUAUAGGAUUCGGUAAUUGAUGUAAGUUGCUCUCUCUCUCUAUCUUUUGUAGUAUCCAUCUGCAUUAAGUAUGCUUACUUGGAAUCUAACUACAUGUUUAAAACAGGAAAAUCAUUUGGAAGGUGUGUUAUAUUUUGUGCGUUCGGAGCUCCGCGGCACGGCAGCAUGUGAGAAGAGCCUCUUGUGAUAGAAUGUAAACUGAACUAGAGAUGCGUAUACUUCUUAAGGGCCAUUCUGUCACUCUUGCCAGUUCAAUCGUAUUUACAUACAGUGCAGAGCAAAUUAUGUGAAAUUUAUCAGUUUUUGUAUUUGGUUUUGUUUACUUUUUAUAUUGUGAUUCUGAUGCUUGUCCCUCCACUUGUCAUUAUUAUUAUUAUUAUUAUUGCAUUUCUUUAAGUACCCUAAUUGAUGUUAUCCCUUUAUUUCACCUGGAAUGUUUGCUCAAUAUGUUCAUGCCAAUGUUUUACAGCGCCACAUUUUACACUGGACAGGAUUGAAGUAGAAUCAUGUUCAAACUCGUUCAGGAAGCAACUUCCUGUUGAUUUUUGCAGUUAGCAAUUGGAUUUUUGGUCGAAGUUACCAAUCACCAUUCUCUUUUAGUUAUUGAUAUGUGUCUAUAAUUAUGUUAUCGUAGUGUCACUCUUGGGAAUUGUAGCCAUCACUCACAGGUUUAUGUUUAAACACUUAAAUUUAUGUUUUUAAUGUGGAUAUAAUGAGCCAGGGAAAUCAUACAAAAAAUAAGGGAAAUGAAACAUUCACAUUUUUAGAUUGAGUCACAGGGUUCACUGAGGAUUUGGGUUCGGCAUAUACAUUUUAUGCUUACAAGCAUAAGAGUUAUGACAUCACUGAAUUGUUCCGAAUCUUUUUACCAUUCUUCUGUGUGAUCACAAGUUCCACAUCACCACAAUUGUUUUUCUAUCAUCCUAAGAUGCAUUGAAACUCCCAAUGGGACUGUGGUAUAUAAUGUUGCAAUGAUGGGACAAACGUAAUGUAUGUUUAAGAUAUAUCAAAUAAAUUGUGUGAUUUCUGCCAAAUGA